AUGAACCUGGACAUCCCAGAUUAUACUAUGUAUGUUGAGGCCCUUGAGAUUCAUCUUCGGGGUGUUUCUGAUGUUCACAGAGAACGUUUAAGGAUCCAUGAAUUAUGCCUAAAAAGCGGUCCAAAUCUUGGGGUUGUAGGUUCAGAAGUUCGACUUCUAUGUGAUCUUGAGCAGCCUGAGCCCACUUGGACUGUCGGACACAUUGGGGGUGCAAUGAGGGGCACUGGUGCUGACCAAAUUUCAGUUUUAUUGAGGACCAUGGUGGAGAGUAAAGCUAGUAACAAUGUGCUGCGGUUGUUUUAUGCACUUGGGUACAAGUUAGACCAUGAGUUGUUGAGAGUAGAAUUUGCUUUCCACUUCCAGCGAGGUGCUCAGGUAACAGUUAAUGUGUCUUCAAUUAAUAAGAUGCCCAAAUUACAUGCGACUGAUGAGGCCGUGCCUAUAACACCGGGUAUACAGGUGGUUGAAGUGACGGCCCCUGCAUCAUCAGAAAACUAUACUGAAGUUGUUCCUGCAAUGUCAUCAUUUUGUGAAUAUCUUGCACCGCUUCUGCAUCUGUGUAAACCAGGUGUUUCAACUGGGGUUGUUCCAACUGCCGCUGCGGCUGCUGCGUUUCUCAUGUCAGACGGUGGGGGUACAACUUUAUAG